AAAAAGAAAAGAAAAAAAACAAAAACAAAACAAACUUUCCCUCUUAAAAAUUGUAAAUGGUAAAAAUCCUUACAUUCUUGAGGAAAUCCCUUAAAUUAGUGGCAGAAAAUGCACCAAGAAUGAAGUACCUCAAUGUGGCGGAGAAAAAUGAUGCUGCCAAGACGAUUGCUGGCCAUCUAUCGCGUGGAAACUCCCGGAGGCGUGAGGGACUCUCGGUGUACAAUAAGAUUUACGAAUUUGAUGCUGUGGUACAUGGGCAGAAUGUCACGAUGGUGAUGACGUCUGUUUCGGGGCAUCUCCUCACACAUGACUUCACCGGGAGCUACCGAAGUUGGAAAAUGUGCAAUCCCUCCCAGCUCUUUGAUGCGCCCGUGACGAAAAUGUGCCCCGAGGACAGCAUGAAGAUUCGUCAGACCCUGGAACGGGAAGUUCGGUACUGUACUGCCCUAAUUAUAUGGACGGAUUGCGAUAGAGAGGGUGAGAAUAUUGGCUUUGAGAUUGUUGAAGUUUGCCGGAAUGUCAAGAACAACAUCCGUGUCUAUCGGGCAAAAUUCUCCGAGAUUACCCCACAAGCUGUGAGACGAGCUCUGGAUAAUCUCGUACAGCCCGAUGAGCGACAGAGUCAGGCUGUGGAUGUACGGAGUGAGUUGGAUUUGCGAAUUGGAGCGGCCUUCACGAGAUUCCAAACAAUGCGCCUUCAGAGUGUCUUUCAGGGAGUCAUUGAGAGCCUCGUGUCCUAUGGGAGCUGCCAAAUUCCCACACUGGGCUUUGUGGUGCAGCGCUACAAGGAAGCGGAGAAUUUCGUGCCACAGAAAUUCUGGAAGUUGCGUCUAACGCACACUGUUGAUGAGCUCACGGUGGAGUUCACAUGGGGAAGGAAUAGGCUGUUUGAUAGGAAGUGCUGUGAAGCAAUAUUUCUGCUGGUGAAGAGGGAUCCACCGCUCCUGGCCACGGUGCAGUCUGUUGUGCAGAAGCCAAAGAGUAAGUGGCGCCCACAGCCGAUGGAUACGAUUGAACUGGAGAAGCUGGGUUCGAGGAAGCUCAAGAUUUCCGCAAAGCAGACAAUGCAGAUUGCUGAGAAGCUCUACCAACAGGGUUACAUAAGUUAUCCCCGUACUGAGACCAAUAUGUUCUCCAAGGAGAUCAAUCUGCGCUCCCUGGUUGAGCGUCAGGCUGAGCAUCCGGCGUGGGGGGAGUUUGCCCGACGUGUCAUGGAUUGGGGCCCAAAUCCACGCAAUGGCCGCAAGUCAGAUCAAGCCCAUCCUCCCAUUCAUCCCAUUAAAUUCACAACGGGGCUCUCGGGGAAUGAGCAGAGGGUGUACGAGCUCAUUGUCAGACACUUCCUGGCGUGCGUGAGUCGCGAUGCAACGGGAUCAGAGACAGUGGUGAACAUUGAGAUUGGAGGGGAGGAAUUCAGUGCAUCCGGGUUGGUUAUCUUUGAGAGAAAUUACCUGGAUGUGUACAUCUAUGAUCGCUGGAAUGGGAAGGAGAUUCAUCACUACGAGAUGGGAACGAGCUUUGAACCCACAACCAUUGAGAUGCCCGAAGGGACAACCACAGCGCCGCAAAUGCUGACAGAAGCUGACCUAAUUGCCCUUAUGGAGAAGCAUUCAAUUGGCACAGAUGCCACCCAUGCUGAGCACAUCAACACAAUCAAGGAGCGUGGCUACAUUGGGGUCGUUGACAAUGGCUUCCUGGUGCCGGGAACAUUGGGAAUGGGUCUUGUGGAAGGCUAUGACGCCAUGAGCUUGAGCCUUGCACAACCGAAGCUACGAGCAGGACUCGAAGCUGAUCUCAAGGCAAUCUGUGAUGGUGUCAAGCAACCAGACGCGGUGCUCAGGGAACAAAUUGAAAUCUACCGCGAAGCCUUCCGGGUAAUCACGGAAAGGGCUCAAAUACUCGACGAGAAGGUUGGCCUGAGAUUCAAUUCAACCCCACAGCAGGCACCACAAAUCACCGAAACGCAGACUCUGGAGGAAGUCUUCCGGUGUCCACGAUGUGGCACAAGCAAAAUGGCCCUCAAGCGAAAAGCCUCCGGGAAUGGCGUCUACUUGUCCUGUAUGAACUUCCCACAGUGCAAGGCUGUCAUUUGGCUGGAUGACUUUGUCAAGGAAGCUUCAGUGUCGUCUGAGCAUUGCCGAACAUGCGGUCCGGACUCCAAGAAGCUCGUCCUGAAAUUCAAACAAAUGGCUUCAAUGAUGUUCCUCAAUUGCGACUCAACGGAGUACACGAGCUGCCUCCUGUGUGAUGCUCCCCUCAGGGAUCUUCUGGGGGUGAAUCUGGAUACCCUGCGACAGGGUGAAGGGUCUCAGGGUGGGAAUUCCUCUGUGAGGAAUCGAGAUGUUCCCUCAAGUGGCUACAGCACUGAUCGGAGCACGGGGAGUUCCAGGAAUAAUAUCCCUCCAAGGAGCAACAACGCUCCUCCGAGGAGCAACAAUGUUCCCCCGAGGAACAAUAACUACCCAUCCAGUGGUUAUGGCAGUCAACGCACUAACAAUCCAUCAUCUGGCUCAUCCACGUCGUGCCCAAAAUGCUCACAGCCUCUGAAAAAGUUAACAGUGAAGAAGAGCGGCCCAAACCACGGGAGGGAAUUUUACGUUUGCCCAACUCCUGACAAUCCCUGCAAGACAUUCAUUUGGGCUGAGGAUAUAACGCAAAACGACAGGGAUUCCCCGCCUCCUCCAAGAGCUUCCGGAAGUAGAAGUGGUGGUGGUGGUGGAGGUGCUUCAGGUCGUCCGCGUGCCAAGAGAAAAUGUGCCAUUUGUCGCCUCGAGGGGCACACACGCAACAACUGCCCACAGCAUCAUCCAUCAAACAGCUGAAGAGAUGAUUCAGGUGCGACACCCUCUCCGCCUCCACCUUGUUAAACAUCCUCCGCCGGCUGAUGAUGAUGAUUUGCCCAGAAACUCUUAACUCUCCCUCUCUCUCGAGGAUUUAUCGUUCACUUCUCAUUGGCUAGAGCUGUGGGAAGUGGACGAGAGAGAGAGAGUAAAGGGCGGAUCCUUUCAGAUACUUCCCCUAUUUGUUUUAUCCCUUCUCAUGAAAUUUUGUUUAUAAAAUGAAGAAAUUCAUUUAUUGUGAAAUAAUUAUUUUUUUAUUACUUGUAAUCUAUAUAAUAAAGAAAGGUCUGUUUGUUG